UGUUGGCCCAACGCGCAGCCCGUCGUGCUGUCGGAUUGAGCGCUACGUCAGCAGUGAGACAGAAACAUGGCGGUGUGCAACGCUCGAGUGUUCAUAUUAAGUUUUCUCACAGCUGUUAUAUUUCACCGCAGUCUCGCCAACGUCGCCGCUGAAGGUUCGACCUCGGAGGAGUCUCCUCACCGCCGCUUUGAGUACAAGUACAGCUUCAAAGGACCGCACCUGUCUCAGUCCGAUGGCAGUAUCCCGUUUUGGAUCCACAGUGGAAAUGCUAUUCCAAGUGCUGACCAGGUGCGCAUUACCCCGUCUCUCAGGAGUCAGAGGGGCUCUGUGUGGACGAAAAACAAGGUCAGCUUUGAGCACUGGGAGGCUGAGGUGACCUUUAGGGUAUCGGGAAGAGGCAGGAUGGGAGCGGACGGUUUGGCAUUGUGGUUCACCAGCGAGCAAGGCCUCGAUGGCCCAGUGUAUGGUGCUGCUGACACGUGGAACGGCAUUGGAGUCUUCUUCGACUCCUUCGACAAUGAUGGAAAGAAAAAUAACCCAGCCAUACUGGUCGUCGGAAACAAUGGCAACCUUGUUUACGACCACCAAAACGACGGCAACACGCAGGCCCUCGGAACAUGUUUAAGAGACUUCCGUAACAAACCGUAUCCGAUCAGAGCCAAAAUAACAUAUUACAGGAAGACACUGACGGUUUUUAUCAACAAUGGAUUCACUCCAGACAAAGAAGACUAUGAGUUCUGCACAAAGGUGGAAAACAUGAUCAUUCCGACUGAAGGCUUCUUUGGCAUUUCAGCCGCCACUGGUGGUUUAGCAGACGACCACGAUGUUUUGUCGUUCUUGUUGUUCAGACUCACAGAGCCAGGCCAACAACCGCCUUCAGUUGAUUCUGAGAUUCCUAAAGAACAGAAAGACAAGUACCAGGAGGAAUUUCAGAAUUUCCAGCAGGAGCUCGAUAAAAAGAAAGAGGAGUUUCAGAAGGAGCACCCAAAUGUCCAAGGAGAGCCAAUUGAUGAUAUGUACGAAAGUGUGAAUGAUCGCGAGAUCCGUCAGGUGUUUGAGGGUCAGAACCGGAUCCAUCUGGAAAUCAAACAGAUCAACCGGCAGCUCGCUAUGAUUCUGGAUGAGCAGCGUCGAUACGUUUCAGUUAUCACAGACGAGAUUGCCAAGAAGGGGACAAGUGCCGGGUCGGGACAGCCCGAUUCUGCGAGUCAACAGCUGAGCUCUGUUAUUUCCACGCAGCAGGAGCUUCUCAGAAACCUGAACGAACUGAGAAACUCCUUCUAUGAGUCUCUGAAGCAGAUCGGUUCGGUCCAGCACCAGGGUAAUGCAGGCGGCGUGGCGGCAUACGAGACCAUCCAGCACUUCAACGACAUCAAGGAGAAUCUUCACAUGGUGAAAAGGGACGUGGAGCACCUGGUGCAACGUAAUGUUCAGAAUCCAGCUGAUAAGGUUGUAAAGUGCCCCGAGAUGCCUCCCUUGCCUUCCUGCUUAUCGACUGUUCAUUUCGCGAUAUUUGUUGUCAUCCAGACGGUCUUAUUCUUCUGCUACAUCAUGUUCAAGAGUCAACAGGAAGCAGCAGCUAAGAAGUUCUUUUGAUGAUGCUGGUUUAUAGAACAACUGUGUGUAUGAGGGAAUGUCUGUUUUUCUUUUCUUCAAUCAUUUUCAAUUGUAAGUUAUUAUAUGUGAAAACUGCCUUUGUGGAAUAAGACUUUUUUUUUUUUAUUAGAAAAUGUUUUAAUUUGGUCAGCCAAUUGUGUGUGUGUGUGUGUGUGAAUGACAGUGUGAGACUUUUCAGCAUGAUGUGACAUCCUUACAGUAUUUCUGUUCAGUCAGAGCCUUAGAGUUUGAAAUCUGGGAUCUGGGUCGCUCCCACUCCAUAAAACUAAACACACGAUAAAAAAAAAAAAGAAAACCUGUGUCUAAAGAUGUAAAAUGUGUGUAUUUUUGUAUAAAAUGCUACAGCUUUUCAGUGACAUGUACAUCAAGGAUCUGCUUCAAUUAUUCUCUUCUGGUUGAGUUAAAAACCUGACUGAACAAUUUACAUAAACCGUUAACACCA